AUGGCCUCUCAUCCACCUACCAUCGACGGCAUGGAGCCGUGUGCACGGCCGGAAAUCUUGACUAACCACGACAAAGAAGCCAGCGAUAAGGUCCAAGAGUUACACAAGAUCAAAGAGUCGCACCAGUGGGAUCCGAACCUCCCCCAGGAAAAGAUCGAUGCAAUCAAUGAGGCAAUCAAGACCGAUGACCAGGAGAAAGCUGCCGAGUUGGACAAAUCUUUCCAAGAGGACUCCCCUUACGAGUCUGUGCGUGCAGCCGUGCGCAAUACGGACGGAGGGGAGGUUGCAAAUACAGUGCGCGCCUGGGUGCUUGGGAUGUUUUUCACGACUAUUGGGAGUGGGUUGAAUAUGUUCCUGAGCAUGCGGAGCCCUGCUAUCUCAUUUCCCUCCAUUGUGGUGCAGCUUCUUGUUUACCCAAUUGGUUGUUUAUGGGCUAAAGUAAUGCCAACGAGGACAUUCACCACUUUUGGGGUGAAAUGGACACUCAAUACAGGUCCUUUCACAAUUAAGGAGCAUACGGUCAUCACGAUCAUGGCAAACGUCUCAAUUGGGUACGCUUACUGCACGGAUGCCCUCUUGGCUCUCAAAGCCGAGCCUCUGUACAACCUAGAUAUUGGGUGGGGGUUUCAGCUCCUCUUUGCACUGAGCAGCCAGAUAAUCGGCAUCUCGCUGGCUGGCAUUUUCCGCCGCUUCCUCGUCUGGCCUGCUGCAAUUAUGUGGCCUGGGCAAUUUGCAAACACCUCUCUGUUCUAUGCCCUUCACGAUAAAAGUCGAUCGGACGCUAGCGAGACCAAUGGCUGGAGCAUUUCGCGCUAUCGAUACUUUUUGUAUGUGAUGUUAGGAGCAUUCGCCUGGUAUUGGGUACCUGGAGUCAUAUGGCAGGGAUUAUCAGUUUUUGCCUUUGUCACCUGGAUUCGGCCGAACAAUGUUGUUUUGAACCAGUUAUUUGGGGGCUUCACGGGACUUUCGCUAAUUCCCAUAACUUUUGAUUGGACUUAUGUUUCAGCAUACCUUUUGGACCCACUACUUGCACCUGCCCACGCAAUUGUCAACACUUUCAUUGGACUUAUGGUUUUUGUCAUCAUUACAACCAUUGGAAUCUCUUAUACUGGUGCCUUUUAUUCUGCCUAUCUUCCUAUCAACACCGCCGACACUUACGACAACACACAAGCGGUUUACAAUGUGUCCCGCAUCCUGGGACCUAACUUUAGCUUUGACGAAGCAAAAUACAAAAAUUAUUCGCCAAUGUUCCUCGCUCCGACAUUUUUAUUGAACUAUGGGCUCUCAUUCGCCGCUCUCAUAGCGGUUAUUGUUCAUAUAGUUCUCUUUCAUAGAAAGGAGAUUUGGCAUCGCCUUACUGCUUCUCGAAACCAAGAGCCCGAUAUCCAUCUAACACUGAUGAAGGAGUAUAAGGAGGCACCUGAAUGGUGGUAUUUGGUGCUGUUUUUGGUCUCCAUUGCAUUGGGACUGGGUGGUGUUCUAGGAUAUGAUUCACAGCUCCCUUGGUGGGGCUUCUUUGUGUCAAUUAUCAUUGCUCUGGUUCCCACUUGCAUGAUUCUGGGGAUUAGCAACAUCCAACUGUGUAUUGCUCCUUCUGCAUCCAAUUUUCUCGAUAUCCAACUAACAUUUGCAGCUAUCAAUGUUAUUUCUCCAUUUCUGGCUGGAUAUAUGAUUCCAGGAAAGCCCAUAGCCGUUAUGGUGUUCAAAGUCUUUAGCACCAUUACGCUCGGGCAAGCCCAAAUCUACUGUUCAGAUCUCAAGCUCGCCCACUAUAUGAAAGUGCCACCCCGUAUUACUUUCUGGUGCCAAGUUAUUCCAACCAUCUGGGCAUGUUUCGUUCAGAUAGCUGUCAUGAAUUGGACUUUGGGUAAUAUCGACCAAGUCUGCACCCCUGACCAAUCCGCUCAUUUUACCUGUCCCAAUGGUAGAGCAUUUUUCUCCAACAGCAUUACAUGGGGAGUCAUUGGCCCGCAGCGCAUGUUUGGUCCGGGCGCUAUAUACAACAAGGUCCAAUGGUUCUGGUUGCUCGGAGCUCUCCUCCCGGUAGCCUUCUACAUUCUCAUGCGAGUCUUCCCGAGAUCAAAGGCCAGGCUUCUCAACGCACCUGUGAUGCUUGGAGCGAUGUCCUGGUUGCCUCCAGCCACACCAAUCAGCUACUUCUCAUGGGUUAUGUUCGGUCUCCUUUUUAACUACUACAUUCGGAACAGGUGGAGCGGCUGGUGGCAUAACUACAACUAUAUCACAGCUGCAGGCCUUGACACUGGUCUCAUUCUAUCUACCAUUGUUAUCUUUUUUGUUAUCACCUUCCCCGGUGUGAGCGUUCCAAACUGGUGGGGCAAUACAGCUCCAUUUGAGACAAUGGUAAGUGUCUAA